UCAAGAGAGGCCCUGUUCCUUUAGGGAAUGCAAUUCAUCUCCUAAAAGGAAGAUCCCCUUACCUGGCUCCCUAAGCAUCACUAGGGUUCCCCAGGAGACCUGGACACAGGCAACUCCAAAGACAGCCAGAGGCCAACAUGACCACCCUUUCUCCAGAAAACAGCCUCUCUGCGAAGCAGUCGGCCACUUUCAUCCUGGAGAAAAGAAACCCCCCCAUUGACAAGUCGGAAUGGGACAGCUUCUUCGAUGAGAACGGUCACCUGGCCAAGUCUCGGGACUUCAUUUGUGUCAACAUCCUGGAAAGGGGUCUACACCCCUCCGUGAGGACAGAAGCCUGGAAGUUCCUCACAGGUUACUAUUCAUGGCAGAGUUCCUGGGAUGAGCGGCUCAUGGUGGACGCCAAGAGGAGGAGGAACUACAAAGCCCUGUGCCAGAUGUAUGAGAAAAUCCAGCCCCUGCUGGAAAACUUGCAUGGGAACUUCACAGAGACUAAGAACAACAUCGCAUAUGACAUCCAGAAACUCUAUACCAAAGACCCCCUGGGCAAUGUGCUUGUGGACAAGAAGAAACUGGAGAAGACCCUGCUGCUGAGUUAUGUCUGCAACACAAAGGCUGAGUACCAGCGAGGCUUCCAUGAGAUGGUGAUGCUUUUCCAGCUGAUGGUGGAGCAUGACCACGAGACCUUCUGGCUCUUCCAGUUCUUCCUGCAGAAAACAGAGCACAGCUGUGUCAUUAACAUCGGGGUAGGCAAGAACCUGGACAUGCUCAACUGCCUGAUCACUUUCCUGGACCCUGAAUUUGCCGAACACCUCAAAGGGAAGGGCUCGGGAGCUGUGCAGUCCCUCUUCCCCUGGUUCUGCCUCUGCUUCCAGCGUGCCUUCAAAUCCUUCGAUGAUGUCUGGAGGCUUUGGGAGGUUCUGCUGACAGGGAAGCCCUGCAGGAAUUUCCAGGUGCUGGUGGCCUACAGCAUGCUGCAGAUGGUGCGCGAGCAGGCCCUGCUGGAGAGCAUGAGCGGCGACGCCAUCCUCCUGGCCUGCAACAACCUCAUCGACCUCGAUGCUGACGAGCUGAUCUCUGCUGCCUGCAUGGUUUAUGCCGAGCUCAUGCAAAAGGAGGUUCCCCAGUCAUUAAAGGAUUUCUUACUCUGAGAACGUCGACACUCACAACGAACACACGCCCUCAGUGGACCGGAUGAAGGCAGUUCUUCAGCCUUGGGGUCAGGAUCAAGUUCAGUGGGUACUGGGGUGAAGGCAUAGACAAUACAGAAUCAUGGAAACA